CAGACCGGAGAGCGGCUCCUCCUCCUCCUCCUCCUCCUCCACCACGCUCCAGACCCGCGGCCACAUCGGCGGGACUCGAGCCUCUUCUCUCCGUCUGUUUCCUCCACCCGCAGCCCGAGGGAUUCAAACAGGGGAGGGCGGAGGAGGUGAUGGAGCAGUCCCGUUAACAACAACAACAACAACAACAAAACAAAGUCGUAAGUUGUAAGUGCUCCACAGAGAGAAUCGGCGUGGGCUCCUCCUCCGGUGCUCCGUCCGUCCCGCCGGUGCUCGGCGAGCGGCUCUCCCGCCUCGGAGGCCAUGGGCUGCGGCUUGCGCAAACUGGAAGACCCGGAGGACAGCACGCCGGGGAAGAUCUACUCCACCCUGAAGAGACCGCAGGUGGAGACCAAAACGGAGACGGUGUACGAGUACGUGCUGCUCGACUUCAGCCUGGAAGGUAGCCGUCCCACGGUGCAAUAUGUGGCCUCGCUGUCCGAGCUGCCCCAGGCGCUGCAGCCCUACUACACCCAAGGCUACGUCCUGACCGCCUUGCACCCCAUCAUCCUGUCUGUGGGUCGAACCCGCUCGCUCCCCUUCAGCCUGCUCUACCGAGCCAUCCUGGCCCGUCCCAGGUCCAGUAAGCAGAUGGCGUCCAUGUGUCACAGCGCGCCCGUCCUGAAGGUGGAGGAGUGGCCGCUACCCGGAGACUCUCUGACGGGCGACACGGUGCGAGCCCUCAUCGACCGGGUGAACAGCAGCGCCCGCGGGGGCGUUCGAUUCGUCGGCUCGGUCCUCCAGCAGGUGAGCGGUGUCGCCAACGGCCGCGUGCACAGCCCCAAGAGGGGCUGCCGCUCGCCGCCGCGCACUCCGCCCGGGGACGGGGAGCCGGAGGAAAACACCUACAGCCCAGACCUGAGGUUGCUGGUGUUCUUCCACGCCUGGGCUCCGGGCUGCGCCCCCCUCGACUCGCUGGCCUGUCAGUACCACCAGGGGGCGCUCUCCAUGCGCGUCUCCAGGAAGGGCCAGGUGGUCAGCUCCCUGGAGGCCGAUUGGCUGGAGCUGACCGCCGCCUACUACCGGCGAGGCUGGUCGCUGGUGGACUCCUUCGUCUACUGGGACACACCCAAAGGGGAGCCGGUCCCCAGGUCGCUGGAGGGACUGUUUGUGUACGAGGAGAGAAGCACAGCGCCUCCCGCCAACGACACCAUCGUGGUGGAGCAGUGGACCGUCAUUGAGGGCACCAAUGUGAAAACGGACUACGGGCCUCUGCUCCACACUCUGGCCGAGUUUGGGUGGCUGCUGACGUGCGUGCUGCCGACCCCCAUCAUCCGUCACGACAGCGACGGGAAUCUGGCCACCAAGCAGGUGGUGUUCCUCCAGCGGCCGGUCAGAGGUCAGGCGUCGUCAGGACAACAGAGGAACCAGGCUUCAUUCGUGCACGGCGGCGUGUCCAGUCGCUCCGUGAGCCGGGCGGUCAGCGGCCCCGCCCCCCCGCCGCAGUCGGAGGACGAGGAGGAGGAGCCUGUGUCUCCCGCCGUAGGGGGCAUCGGCGGAUUCCCGGUGUUCGGAGGGGGGUACGCCGGCGCGCUGUCCCACCUGGAGGAGGGCGGCUUUGAGCAGGAAGAGGGCAAAGCUGAGGUCACCUGCAUGUGAUCCAAGACGUCGGUGGAUUCCAGAAGAACUCUGCACUUUCAUGUUUUUAAUGAAGCCAUAAUGAGGAUGAUGAGAAGAGACACACUUAUAGCAUAUUUAAAUUCACCUCUUUUUGUUGGGAAAUCACAAGUGAAAUGAGGGAAAGGGACUCGACUCUUAGUUGCAGCUCGCACAUCUUUCUAUUUUAAUUAUUUCACGGUUUCACGUUUUGUGUUUUUCACGUCACGUCCCACUAAGGUUACAGCUCAUCUCCUCCGACUGAGGCUGGAUGUGAAUAUUUAGCACAUCGAGUUUGGUUUGUGUACUUUGGUACAGACUACAGUAUU